AGGUGUCUGUAGCACCUAGCGCUGUGCAUGGCACGUGUCUUUAUUUGGGUGUCACCUCUCGAGAAAGUUCAGGUUCAUGAAGCAUGUCCUCUGCCAGGCCGUGCCCCGCACGCGUGUCCAGCCAUGGGUAACUCUGCCUUUGAUGAGCAUGCAGUUCGGAGAGUGAGCUGGGUCUAAGGAGACCAUAGCAGACUGUAAAGCUGUGAUCAGGGUGUACACUGCGGCUGCCGGUCCCUUAGCCCAGCCUGGAGGUCCAAGGAAGACUUUCUAUUAAUAGAAGAGAAGUAGCCUGAAAUGAGCUUUGGAAGGUGAGAGGUAGCCAAGUGACUAAAAGGUGAAGGCCUUUCCAGGCAGAGGGAGUGCGGGAGCAAAGCAGGGCAGCGUGGAGCGUCGCUUUGCGUUCCUAAGAGGUACAUUGUUUCUCUGAAGAGAACUGGCCAUAUCAGAAUGAAAAGAAGCUCUCUGUGCAGACUGCUGUCUGUGGAACCUCUGAAGACAAUAAAAUAGUGUUCGAUUCUACAGGUAUCUUCUCUGGAUCAAGCUAUGGUGAAAAAUGUUUCGGAAAGGCAAAAAACGACACAGCAGUAGCAGUUCCCAAAGUAGUGAAAUCAGUACGAAGAGCAAGUCUGUAGAUUCUAGCCUUGGGGGUCUUUCCCGAUCCAGCACUGUGGCCAGCCUUGAUACAGACUCCACCAAAAGCUCAGGACAAAGCAACAAUAAUUCAGAUACCUGUGCGGAAUUUCGAAUAAAAUAUGUUGGUGCCAUUGAGAAGCUGAAACUCUCUGAGGGAAAAUGUCUGGAAGGGCCACUAGACCUGAUAAAUUACAUAGAUGUUGCCCAGCAAGAUGGAAAGUUGCCUUUUGUUCCUCUGGAGGAAGAAUUUAUUAUGGGAGUUUCCAAGUAUGGUAUAAAAGUGUCAACAUCAGAUCAGUAUGAUGUUUUGCAUAGGCAUGCUCUAUAUUUAAUCAUCCGGAUGGUGUGUUAUGAUGAUGGUCUGGGGGCAGGAAAAAGCUUAUUGGCUCUGAAGACCACAGAUGCGAGCAAUGAAGAAUACAGUCUGUGGGUUUAUCAGUGCAACAGCCUGGAACAAGCACAAGCAAUUUGCAAAGUUUUAUCCACUGCUUUUGACUCCGUAUUAACAUCUGAGAAAUCUUGAAUUCUGCAAUCAAGUGGAAGUCAACUUCAUCUGGAAGUUCAGCUGUUUUCCGAACAGUUGUUUUCAAUCUGUAAUGCUGAACUGUUAUGGAAAUACGCAGCGAGCCCUUGCUCUAGACUUUCUGAAAAAAAUGCAAUGUAUAAAAUUGAUCAUUUGUUUUUAUAUUAAAAUAUGUUGUAUUAUACAGUGA